CAGCUGGGCUCGUUCCCUUGACGUUUCUGGGAACCUUUGUAAAGUCAGAUUCGACAGUCGACGAGAUUCUGAGAAGUGACCUAUGCCAUAACCUAGCGAGAUGGGCAUCAAAGGCUGUUGGACGUGUCGAGAGCGUAAAGUGCGAUGCGACUUGCGCAAACCUACUUGCGGCAACUGUGCGAAGAUGUUUCAAUCGUGCAAAGGCUAUGGCAUGCAACUGUCCUGGCCGCAGGAAGGAAACAAGCGACGGGCAAUUGUACUCGACUGUGACUCAAACACGCCAGCGAAAAUACCCAGGAGGAAUCGGGGGCGCGGUGUAGCCUUUUUAAACGUCUCAUUCGCAGACGUGGCACUGUCAGAUGCUCUAGAAGAUAAACUUAACCUUGCCGGGUAUUUGCAUGACUUUCCACUACCACGCUUACCAAACCUUUCGCCAUUCUUACGUUCGGGAAAUGAUGCACAUCUACUAGAAUAUUUCAAAGAGACCAGAACACGGAUAUUAGCCCCCAUUAUGGACGAAUCUUUGGCCAACUUCGUAUUGAAAAUGGCAAUGGUCAAACCUAACUCGUCUUUCAACUUGGUUCUGGAAGGUAUAUUUGCAUUAUCAUCUAUCUUGCUUCUAGGACCCUCAGAGAGCCAAUACCAUAAGGCUCGACUUAUUACGAUGCUACAGAAAAAUAUAACUCGGGUCGACAGAGAAAGUGUCAUACGAAAUCUAAUAGCUACUAUGCUUCUUUUUCAGUGUGAAAUUUGCAAUACGGCCAGUCCCGGAGGCCUUUGGCGCUUCUAUCUUUGUGGAGCGAAGAAAAUCAUCUCUGCUGUUUCGGCUUCAGUUACACUCUAUCGACAUGACUGCAUGCCAUUAAUGGAUUGGAUUUAUUAUCAUGAAGUAAUGUCAGAAUUCAGCCUCCGACAUUGGGCAGAGGCGGAUGCGAUUGAUAAAUUCUGCAAAGGGCCUCUCGCGAUCCGGCCUAGCAAAAUAUUUUUUAGCGGCUCUAUGGCUUCCGAUGGAGUUACAUGUCCUAUAGAUGUCCUUGAUCUCGUUCGACACAUAUGUAAACGGCCAUCGCCUAAUGGAGACAGUCAUAUACCGUAUGACAACACCGAUAUGAUGCGUAUUCAGCAUCUUCGACAAAAUCUCUAUGGAACCGUUGGAGAAUACGGAACAUUUCAUGGAGACUUUGAGUCGUCGCUUAGCAGGCAAGACAUGAUAAACGCUCUUUAUCGAUAUGCUGCGUUGAUAUACUUGAACCGUACUGUAUCAUUUGUCUCCACGUCUUCGUUCUCACACAGGCGAUUAGUGAGGGAAGGCAUUCUGCUUUUACAAAACCUUGGCUUUUGUGAGGGCACAUGGCCGCUAUUUGUUAUAGCCUGCGAGGCUAAUGAAGAUGAACAACGUCUCCAAAUAUUAAACAUUCUGCAUAACACGAGUCGAGAACUGCGGCAGCGAUCAGACCAUGUCAUCUUAAUUCAGCACAUGGUCGAAGCUGUAUGGAAUCAGAAUGAUCUCACAAUUGACAGCGAUGUAAAUUACGGUAGAAUACUUAACGCUAUAAUUUCUAAGGCACCGGCCUUGCCACUCUUCGCAUAAUAUGCAAAAUGAAGCAGCUCAAGUUAUCAUCUGUGAGCUCGUUCAAGGCUUUAUUCAUGGGAAACCAAUCAAUGUCGAAAGGAUGCUCUUCUCAUAUAUUAGACCCGAAUAGAUUCCUAUAUUUGUAC